GACGUUCUUUAUCGUUGGGUUUGUCAAUGCAAUGUGUUCUCUGUAUAGCAUCAACAUCUAUAAAAGUCAAGUUUUAUGAUGGACAAUGUUUCAGUAGUUACUAUGUUUACUCUGUCAGGCUUAAGCGGGACAAAAAACUACAGAAUUAUUCUCUUUUUGGUCACUUUAUUGUGUUAUUGUGUGAUUUGGCUGGUAAAUUUGACCAUCAUUGUGACAAUUAUUGUUGACAAAAACCUUCAUCAACCCAUGUAUAUCUUCCUCUGUAAUCUGUGCAUCAAUGGACUUUAUGGGACAGCAGGUUUCUACCCCAAAUUCCUAAUAGAUCUUCUGUCUACCACUCAUGUUAUCUCUUAUGCUGGAUGUCUUCUGCAGGGCUUUGUGUUGCACUCCUCUGCCUGUGCUGAUUUCUCUUUUCUGCUUCUGAUGGCCUAUGACAGAUAUGUGGCCAUCUGUCACCCUCUGGUGUAUCACUCUGUGAUGACUAAACAGAAGGUUUGUGUGUUUGUGUUUUUUGCUUGGCUUAUACCUAUUAAUUUGAUAUUCAUUGGUUCAGUAACAACAGCAAAAUUAAGGUUAUGUGGCUCACGCAUACUGAAGAUCUACUGUAUUAACUUGAUGGUUGGUAAACUUGCUUGUUCUGUCUCAAUAGCACAUACUGCUGUUCCAGCUUUUAAUUAUACGUUUUAUUUUGGCCAUUUCAUUUUUAUUAUUUGGUCCUAUGCAAAUCUGAUCAGAACAUGCCUAAAAUCCAAAGAGAACAGGAGUAAAUUUAUGCAGACAUGUGUACCACAUGUAUUCUCUUUAGUUGUUGUUGUUGUAUCUUUGCUAUUUGACUUGUUGUACAUGCAAUUUGGCUCUAAACAGUUUUCACAAAGUGCUAAUAAUUUUAUGGCCAUAGAAUUUCUUGUUAUUCCCCCAGUUAUCAAUCCCUUGAUGUAUGGCUUAAAAUUGACACAAAUCAGAAACAGAAUUCAACAUUUUAUAUGUAGUAAGAUAUCUGUUUUUAGUCUGAAGUCAUGAGUUGGUGUGCACAAGGAAAAAUCUGUUUGUACAUGACUUGGGAGAAAAUCCAGCUUGCCUUACACUAUUGUCCACCAUUAGACAAUGUUAAUGCAUAUUGUACAGUAGGAACAGCACUUACACAAUGAAUACAUUAA